AGGAGGCGGCCAGAAUGUCGGGAGGGACUUUAUCCGAAAGACCACCAGUAGUUCUCCAUCAUGGCAGAGAGACGGAUUCCUUUCACCAUGCUGCGCACCCCGAGCUGGGACCCCUUUCGUGACUGGCACCCCACCAGCCGCAUCUUCGACCAGACCUUCGGCAUGCCGGCCCCGGUGGAAGACUUGGCCUCGUAUCCAUACACCCACUGGCCCGGCUACAUACGGCCUUCUGUGAUGGCCCCUGACAUGGCCGCUGUGAUGUAUCCAGGUGCCGUGAUGGCCCAGCAGGCCCGCGCCCUGUCCCGCCAGAUGAGCACGGGCAUGUCUGAGAUCAAGCAGACCCAAGACAAUUGGAAGGUGUCGCUGGAUGUUAACCAGUUCUCACCUGAAGAGCUGGUGGUCAAAACCAAGGACGGUGUGGUGGAAAUCACUGGAAAGCACGAAGAGCGGAAAGACGAGCAUGGUUUUGUGUCUAGAUGUUUCACCAGGAAAUACACCCUCCCCUCUAGCGCCAAUGUGGAAAAGGUCACAUCAUCGCUGUCUCCUGACGGCGUGUUGACUGUGGAGGCCCCGCUGGCCAAGGCGGCCAUCGAGGCAGCUGAGGUCAAAAUACCUGUCACCGUCGACAGCAAAAGCGGUGUAGUCAAGAAGUAGGAACCGGCUUCCAGCGGGUCGUUUCAUCUGAGCGAAGCCAGACUGGGAGUACCUUCCCUGCAUAGGUGUGUCUUCUCUGUGCACUGUCAUCUUUCUCCUCAUUUUAGUGUGGUGUUGCUCCCACUCUGUUCUGUCUUCCUCAUUUCUGCUGAGCCUUUCGUGCUAACUGUUGCAUCACACGGGAGAAAAAGUCUCUGGAGAGCAUGCACUUCACAACCACAAAAAGCUGAAUAAUGCCUGUUCGAAGUCUGCAAAUAGACUGGUUUCAUCCUCAGUCGAUUUAAAAAUGUCAACAGAGAUUAAAGUUGAAUUGGCGUACCAGGUGUCUCUACUUUUUUUCCUACCUUUAUAUCCUUCUAAACAG